UUAAACCCCCUUUUCCCCUUUAUUCUUUGGACUUCCCCUUUCCUCCUCCGCAUCAAAGAGACUCGCAAUCAAUUUCAGGCACAUAAAAAGCUUCACUUCUUCCCUAACUCAGAAAUUUCCGCUCAAGAAUCAAAUUCCUUUCUUCAAUUUAUUCUUCUCUCAAAAUUCCAAUAAAACUCACAUCCCCUGCUUUUCGAAUCCCACCCAAUUGAGCGCUACAGUAUGCCCUUAACCUGGUUGAGCAAUAUGGGUAACCGGGUGAGCUCGUCGGCUAAACGGAGCGACGGCGGUGUAAAGGGUGGAAAAACGGCAGCCGUGGGGAAAGAAGCGUCGGUUCAGAAAAGUGACGGCGGCGGGGGCGGAAGUAGUCGUGGCAAGUCGUUGUGGCGGCCUGGGAAGAAGGUUGAUUUUCCGAAGAAAUAUGGAUUCAUAGCGGAUAACUUCUCCUCUAUUGACCAGGUUACCUCAGCAUUGAGAAAAGAAGGAUUAGAAUCGUCGAACCUCAUCGUCGGAAUUGAUUUCACCAAAAGCAACGAAUGGACAGGUAAAGUAUCGUUCAAUAAUCGGAGCUUGCACGCCCUUUCCGAUUCUCCUAAUCCCUACCAGAAGGCUCUCUCCAUCAUCGGGAAAACUCUGGCUCCCUUCGAUGAAGACGGCUUAAUUCCUUGCUUCGGUUUCGGUGACGCUACAACGCACGAUCAAAUGGUGUUCAGUUUUCACAACGACAAUUCGCCGUGCCAUGGAUUUGAAGAAGUUCUUGACUGCUACAAAAACAUAAUUCCCAAUGCUCAACUUUCAGGACCAACUUCUUACGGUCCUGUUGUUGAAGCUGCAAUGGAUAUUGUAGAGAAGAGUGGUGGGCAAUUUCAUAUUCUUCUCAUUGUUGCUGACGGACAGGUUACUCGAAGCUCCAGUGUUGGCGAUGGUGAAUUGAGCGUUCAAGAGGAGAGAACAAUCAAAGCAAUUGUCGAUGCAAGUGCAUAUCCUCUUUCAAUCAUUCUUGUUGGAGUUGGAGAUGGUCCUUGGGACGACAUGAAGAAGUUCGACGACAAGAUUCCAGCUCGGGAUUUCGAUAAUUUCCAGUUUGUUAACUUCACUGAAAUAAUGUCGAAAAACAUUGGCGUGCCGGAAAAAGAAGCAGCUUUUGCUUUAGCUGCAUUAAUGGAGGUUCCUUUCCAGUACAAAGCAGUCACAGAAAUGGGUCUUAUAGGACAUGUGACAGUGAAAGCAAAACAUAUCGUGCCACGACCCCCACCGACACGUUAUACUCGUCCUACACGACUAAAUUCUGUACCAAGCAACACCUCCUCAACUUCUGCAUCUGAUGAACAUAGUCAGGUCUGCCCCAUUUGCUUGACCGCGGGAAAGGACUUGGCCUUCGGAUGCGGCCACAUGACUUGUAGGGAAUGUGGAUCAAGAUUGUCCAACUGCCAUAUAUGUCGCCAGCCUAUCAGAAACCGAAUAAGGCUGUAUACUGGGUGAUCGGAUGGCAGCAAGUGGACAGUGAGAUGAUGUCAAUGUUAAUCAGAUGGAAAUGAUGUACAGGAAUCUAGGGUUAGACGAUCAAGAAAUGUAUGUCUUAUGGACAGAACUAGGAUUGUUCUACUUUAGGGUGUAACUAGGAUUGUUCUAUUUUAGGGUAUCUCGUGUGUAUGUGUGUGUGGUGAGGUUCAAAUUCCCAACGGAUGUGUUCCUAAGUCCUAUGUUAAUCAGAUGGAAAUGAUGCAUCAUAUUUUAGGGUUUCUUGUGUAUAGAGAAAACAACGUGUUCCUAAGUCCUAUGUAGUUGUAAAAACAACGUAGUAUAGUUUCCGACUCCGUGUCAAUAUUUUGUGAUGAAAAAAGGAUUUGAAAUUUUCAUUGUUUAUUUGUAA